AUGGCAACGGGGGUCACUUCCACCCGGGAUUCGCGCCGCACCUUUGGCCAAGAGGAAUACAGUCUCUACAGCAGCCUGAGUGAAGACGAACUCAUUCAAAUGGCCGUCGAGCAAAGCCUUGCGACGUCUUCCUCCACCGGCCAGCCUCCGGGUCCGAGAGGCCAGACCCACUCCAGAAGCGGAGCUCAGCCCCAGACGAAUGGCCCAGUGAUUCAGAAUACUGCUGCCCAGCCCUGUCCCAAGAACAGAUCGCCUGGGACCAAUUCUGCUCCGACAGCCAACCCUCCGAGAUCAAGCUACUUCAGAAGAUACGACGGGAGGCUCUUCCGUACACCGAAGCCGGCAGUGGAGCUUGAUCCUGUCGUCGUGGCGAUAAAGAAUGGUGAUGAAGAAACUUUGUCAAAUAUGAUCAAAGCCGGUAAAGCACUUUCUGCGCCAAAUGCAGACGGCUGGACCCCUCUGCAUGAAGCGGCCUUUUACAACGAACCCGGCUGUGUGAAAUUAUUGCUAAAAGCUUAUCCUGGAACUGUGGACUGUCGGACACUAGGAGAAGAAACUGCUUUAUAUUUAGCAACAUGCGAAGGGAACUUGAAGUGUAUGACUUAUUUACUGGAAGCAGGAGCAGAAUGCGACAUUACUAGUAAGGCAAAAGAAACUCCACUCUACAAAGCCUGUGAACAUAAAAACGUGGAAGCUGUUAAACUUUUGAUACAAUAUCGUGCCGAUGUGAAUCACCGUUGCAACCGUGGAUGGACUGCUCUUCAUGAGGCUGCAGUACGAAAUGAUCUGGAUAUCAUCGAAGCUCUCUGCAAAGCUGGUGCCAAGAUUGAAGCAUCAAAUAUUUAUGGAAUCACUCCAUUAUUUGUUGCAGCACAAAGUGGACAACUGGAAGCUAUGCGUUUUCUCACGAAGUGUGGUGCAAAUAUCAGUACCCAAGCCAGUGAUAAUGCCUCAGCAUUGUACGAAGCUAGCAAAAACGAGCAUGAAGACGUCGUGGCAUUUCUUCUUUCACAAAAUGCAGAUGCAAACAAAGGAAAUAAGGAUGGCUGGCUACCCCUUCACAUUGCAGCUGCAAGAGGCAAUAUGGAGAUAGUUCAGAUGCUGAUUCCAGUUACCAGCAAAGUCCGAGUGAGGCGCAGUGGAAUUAGCCCCCUUCACCUUGCUGCUCAACACAAUCGAAAUGAUGUUGUUGAAGAACUGAUUGAAGCUGGCUACAAUAUCCAUGCGCUCCUGUCACCUGAAAGAUCCCGGCUAUUUGAAGAUAAACGCACCUCUGUUUUGUACUUUGCUGUUUACAACAACAAUAUAGAGACCACGGAAAGGCUGCUCAAGGCUGGGGCAAAUCCUAAUGUUGAUCUGAUAAACCCCAUUCUAAUCUCUAUCCGGCACGGCUCCAUCAAAAACAUACAGCUGCUCAUUGACCACGGAGCUAACAUCAAUGCCUAUAUUCCAACACACCCCACUUCCUUCCCAGCAACAAUCAUGUUUUCUAUGAAGUACCUAAGUUUGCUAAAGUUAAUUAUGGAUUUUGGUGGUGAUGGAGAAUCAUGUUUUAAGUGCGAAUAUGGCAAUCGUCAACAUCCAGAACAAGUGCAGAGAAGAGACGACAUAGGACUGAGGGAUAAAAAGCCCAGACCUGUACAAUUUUGUGAAAUGGUGUCUACACCUGGAAUCUACAGAUGGGCUGGACCAAUCAUUGAUGUCUUACUCGACUAUGUCGGUAAUGUGAAUCUCUGCAGUAAAUUGAAGGAACAUCUAGACAGUUAUGAGGAAUGGGCAAAUAUCAAAGCAAAAUCAGAACCUCCAAGACCUCUUAUCCAUCUUUGCAGAAUUAAAGUUCGAAAGCUUUUGGGACAUCAAAGAUUAAAACUUAUUGAAGUGUUACCACUACCUGGCAGGCUGAAAAGAUACUUGGAGUAUAACUGUACAGAUGAUUUGAUGUAAACUUAGCGAUUGAUAGAAACCACACAAACUACAAGAAAAGCAAUUGCGUAUCACAGAGUGCAGAUAACUGCAAAUUAUUUAUGAUAUAAAUAAGAAAGUAAUGCUUCACAGGAUAACAAGUAUGGAGUAAAAAGAUCCGCAAAUUAAUCGUGGACAGAUUUCAGGUGGACUACAAUUGAAUGAGAAAGUACUGGAAAGUUGGAAAAUAAAUCAGGGUCUUUGGAUUUAAUUGGUACCUAAAACUGGUGUGCUGAACAGAAACAUUUAGAAAUGCAUAACGUGUUAGUCAACAAUCGAAAUGAGAAAAGGUACCUGAAGUUUCAUAUGUAUGAGCCCUGAAGAAAGGCCCCCUUGAAAUAUCAGCUUCUUUCUUCUCUUUCAAAUGCUGCCUGACCUGCUGUGCAUUUCUAGUGGUUUGUGCUUUCAUUUCAGAUUUCCAGUGCUCACAGUUUUCCUUUUUAUCUCUUAAAUGUUGGCAUUUUAGUCUGUACAUAAACAAUGUAGAAAAUGUACCAAAGUUCAUAUCAGAAAUAACCUGUUGCAUCAACAUGUAAGAUAAAGAUUUUGUAACCGUUUUUCCAUAAAGGAACAGCGAAGAAACUGAUUGCUCCAUUUUCCUGCAGCUCAGGCAAAAUUUUGCACAUGGAACUUUGCUUCAGUUUGCAUCUUUCCAUGAAAACAUACUAGCCUUGAUAAGCUCAAAGCUAUUUAUAAUCAAAAUGUUGAUAGAAGUUUGAUACAUUUAAUUUUUGUGUUUUAUUUUAAUAUAAUAAACAUUAACCUAUAAGCUA